ACGAACAAAGGGAGACAGGGGAGAAUACCAAAUAUGGAGUGCCCAAGAAAAGAACCAGCUUCUCCCAAAUAGAAAAGAAUCUGCAGCAGCUACCACGUGAAGAGUAGCAAAUAGAGAACUAGCGGCCGCAAAAGGAGAACCCGCAGAGAAGAAGCAGAGACGAAUCCAAACAGCAGCAGAAUCCAGACAGCAGCAGAACAAAGCCGUAAACAGCAGCAGAACAGGGCCAAAAAUCCACAAGCCCAAGUCACGACAGCUGUGAAUUUCGACCUGAAGAGUAGACUCGAAGAGAACCCAAAUCACCAAUGCUAAACACGAAGAACCUCGUGAGGCUCUGAUACCAUGUCAAUCUAUCUCGAAUCAAUGAACAUAAUCAUAAAAGACACAGGAUUUAACGUUGUUCGGCCUUUCAGAAAGGCUUUACUCCACGGUGGCAAAUAGGGUUCUUUGAUUAGUUGAUCAGCCAUUAAGCCAAAGAGAGGCUUAAAUAGGCUGCAGAAUACGCAGGGGCUUCACCACAAAACCCCAACAUAUAUCCUCCUCAGUCCACAAUCAAAAACUAUUCACAUCUUUAGUCCUCUAAUUUUACAUAUUCCAACAGAAACAACCCUCCCGGUCCCUUGGCAAAGAAGGUGUUGUGGCUCUUCCCACGGCUGGCUCGCUUUCUUGGAAGAAGAAGAAGACCGCGUCACCCUCUACAACCCCUUCACCCAAGCUCGAAUCUCCCUCCCAACCAUCAGCGGGACGAGCCACCUCCGCGACGAAGCCGACGACCACUUCCGCCUGUAUACCAACUUCGCCAAGAAAAUCGUCCUCUCCGCCGACCCUUCAACCCACGGCCACGACUACGUCGUCGCCGCGCUGAUCAACUACCCCGUGUACAGAACCCUAGCCGUGAUCCGGCCCGGCCGGGACGACAAGCAGUGGACCCUAUUCUCCACGUGGACGAACUACACCGGCCGCGAGGAGCUCUCCACCGACCUGAUAUUCCACCAGGGCUAGAUCUACGCCACCGCGUACCGCGGUAUGCUCGCACGUGCCAACGUCGAGGGCGUCGGCACGCGCGGCUAUGUCCCCGUGCUGGAGAUGGUGGUCCCGCAGUGGUCCGAGAUAUACGAGAUCUCGAAGCCGAGCUACCUGGUGGUGUCGUCGAGCGGGGACGAGCUGCUGAUGGUGGUGCGGUGCUUGGAGGAGAGGGACCACGAGUUUUCUUUCGUGACCGCGGACGUCAAGGUAUUCAAGCUGGUCCGAGCCGGCGGCGCGAGUUGUUAUUAUUAUGUGGAGGUGGAGGAUCUGAAUGGGGAUGCAGUGUUCAUCGGGGACAGCUAUUCGGUUGCGGUUCCGGCGGCGGAGUUUGAAGGCUGUGAAGCUGAUACGGUCUACUUUAGCGACGAUUACGUGGAGGUCAAGCCUCACUACUUUCAUUUGGGUCCGCACGAUAUCGGCAAAUUUAACGUCAAGGAGAGGAAAUUUGCUAGUCAUUAUGUUGCUGAUCCAGCUCAGAAUCGAGGGAUGCCGCCACCGAUUUGGGUUUUCCCUACAUUGAUGAAACAAUGACAAUGAUGUGUGCCAGUUAUUGGAAGGAAAUUAGGAGCUAUUUCACUUAUUAUUCAAUGAUUUAAGAUUUUUUUUCAUCUUGUACAAUUUUUUUUCGAAACUUGAAAGUAUUGAGGUUUGUAAAUCAAAAGGGUAAGAAAAAAAAAUGAAAUUUUGUACUUACGUUUUAUCUAGUCUGAGACCAUUAAUCUAACUAUGCCCCAUCUUUUUGCUUUUGCCUUGCUCAAAAUCUUCAAUGAAGUUCCACUAUUCCCCAUUUUUGAGGUUGAAUAAUAAUCUUACCAAAUUUUA